CUCCAAGAUGGCGGCGCGGGCUUCGCCCCGCUCCAAGAUGGCGUUGGGGUGGCCCCGCCCCGCGGCGGCGGAGCGGGGCGGCGGUGCCGGGGCAGCCGCGGUGUCCUUGCGGCGGGCCGGGGGCCUGGGGCGCGGGGCCAUGCUCGCCUUGGUGGCCAGGGCUGCGGCCAGGCCCUGUGGCCUGCUGAAGCCGACAGCAUCUCUAGGCAAGAUCCUGGGCAGAAUCCAGCUCCACCAGGAAGCACUGCCCCACCUGCCCGUGCCACCACUCCAGCAGACCCUGGACAGGUACCUGCUGACCCUGCAGCCCAUCGUGAGCCAGGAGGAGCUGAACCACACGCAGGAGCUGGUGGCCGAGUUCCGCAAGCCGGGAGGCGUCGGGGAGAGGCUGCAGAAGGGCCUGGAGAGAAGAGCCAAGAAAACAGAGAACUGGCUCUCGGACUGGUGGCUGAAGACAGCUUACCUGGAAUAUCGCCUGCCAGUUGUGGUCCACUCCAGCCCAGGUGUGGUUUUACCCAAGCAGGAUUUUCUGGAUCGACAGGGUCAGCUCAGGUUUGCUGCCAAGCUCAUCGAGGGCGUCCUGGAUUUCAAGUCCAUGAUUGACAAUGAGACCCUUCCAGUGGAGUACAUGGGUGGGAAGCCCCUCUGCAUGAACCAGUACUACCAGAUCCUCUCAUCCUGCCGCAUUCCCGGGCCCAAGCGGGACUCCAUUGUCAACUAUGCCAAGGGCAACAAGCAGUCCAGGCACAUCACAGUGGUUCACAACUUCCAGUUCUUUGAGCUGGAUGUUUACAACAGUGAUGGAUCUCCCCUGACCGCCGAGCAGCUCUUCAUCCAGCUGGAGAAGAUAUGGAACACCUCCCUCCAAACAAACAAAGAACCUAUUGGGAUCCUCACCACCAACCACCGAAACAGCUGGGCAAAAGCCUACAACAACCUCCUGAAAGACAAGACCAACAAGGAGUCUGUGCGUGCCAUUGAGAAGAGCAUCUGCACCGUGUGCCUCGAUGCCCCCAUGCCCCGGGUGUCCGAGGACAUCUACAACAGCCGCGUGGCCGCGCAGAUGCUGCACGGCGGCGGCAGCCGCUGGAACAGCGGCAACCGCUGGUUCGACAAGACCCUGCAGUUCAUCAUUGCUGAAGAUGGCUCCUGUGGUCUCGUGUAUGAACAUGCUCCCUCUGAAGGUCCUCCUAUCGUUGCUCUUCUGGAUCAUGUCGUGGAGUUCACGAAGAAACCCGAGAAGGCCAGAUCACCAACAGUUCCUCUGCCAAUGCCCAAAAAGCUGCGGUUUAACAUCACCCCAGAAAUCAAGAAUGACAUAGAGAAUGCAAAGCAAAACCUCAACAUAAUGGUCGAAGACCUGGAUAUCAAAGUCAUGGUCUUUCAUCACUUUGGGAAAGGCUUCCCCAAGUCAGAGAAGAUAAGCCCUGAUGCUUUUAUCCAGCUGGCCUUGCAGCUGGCGUACUACAGGAUGUACGGCCACGCCUGUGCCACGUACGAGAGCGCGUCGCUGAGGAUGUUCCGCCUGGGCCGCACCGACACCAUCCGCUCCACCUCCGUGGACUCCCUCAAGUUUGUGCAAUCCAUGGACAGCCCUGACAAAUCGGACCAGGAGAAAGCAGACCUGCUGAGGAGAGCCACAAAGGCCCACAGGGAAUACACAGACAUGGCCAUACGGGGCAAUGCCAUAGACCGGCACCUCCUUGGCCUGAAGCUCCAGGCUAUUGAGGAUCUCGUGAGCAUGCCAGAGCUGUUCAUGGACACAGCCUAUGCUGUUGCAAUGCACUUCAAUCUCUCAACCAGCCAGGUCCCAGCAAAGACAGACUGCGUGAUGUGUUUUGGUCCCGUGGUUCCAGAUGGCUAUGGAAUCUGUUACAACCCCAUGGAAGAACACAUCAACUUUGCAAUUUCAGCCUUCAACAGCUGUGCCGACACAAACGCCGCCCGCAUGGCACAUUAUCUCGAGAAGGCACUGCUAGACAUGAGGAUCUUGCUCCAGGCUGCUCCCAAAUCCAAACUGUAAGAGGCAAACAUGAUGCAAACCCCCCUCUAGUUAAAGGGGCUAUGCCUCAUGCUCUGAAGUUCCCAAUUCCUCAGACAAUAAUUGAGAGAACAGCUGCCCCUGGAACCUAGGAAGGCUUCUAUCAUUUGCUUUCAUCAAGAGGUUACACAACAGUCACCUGCAGAUACCAGACUCUGUAGUGAAAGGAAACAGUCUCAAGCCAAAGUAGAACUGACUGGUCCUCUCCCGUCAAUGCAAAGUGCACCUUCCUGUCCUCAAAGAGGACUCAAAUAUGAUCUUUACAAAACUUACUAUAAAGGAAUACAGAAAGCACAGUCCUUACCAGUAUCUAAAUCCAUUUGGUGAGGAAGGUAGUUCUCCAGGAAAAGCAGGGAAUGUUUAUUGUGUGAUGCAACUACUGUUAAGUCUUCCGAAGAGCGUCUUUCAAACUUGACUGAAGGUUUUUCUGCUGCUCCAGCAAAACUUCACCACUGAACUUUGGCAAGGGGAGAAAGAAGUUAAGCCAGAGCAGAUCCAGCCUUGCUAGAGUGCACUGCACUACUAAUCCCAGGCACUCCAACCAGUAUCUGCUUUACAGGAACAUUCCCUUCCCCUCGUUUUAGGAUGCUGGGAUCUCCUUUCUGUUGCACUGACCUUAUUAACAACAGAACAUGACUCGCUGCAAACUAA